UCUCUAGUCUAGUUCCGCUUUCAGUCUUACGUUUCGAUUCUCUAUUAUAAUUAAUCUUGCUAAUCUAGAUCUAGACACGAUCUCUAUAUUAUAUUAUAUCGUUAAACUUGAGUUAAGCCUACUUGUUUUUAAUACAUAUCCAAGUAUGUAGGCCUAAUCUUGCAAUUUACAAAGCAUUGUUUAGGCCUAAGUAAUAUUACAUAGCUUUUAAUUAUUUUAAAAUGGCUUUCCAUUUUCGAAAAUUUAGUCACACGCUAAGAUUUAUUCCACCCACAAAAACUCUAGGAUUUUCGACACGAGUCAGCGAAGGUGAUCAAACAAAAAAUGCAUGUUUGGAGGGAAGUAUCAGCCAGUCUCUUGUUGUAAGCACAGCAGACAGCAUUACGAGGGCAGUCCUCUGUCAACAUGAUAAAAGUAAUGCCUGUGCCAUGUAUGAUCCUUAUCCCGUCUUAACAUCACACAAUGAAUCAGAUCAUUGCUGCCAGCAUCUGCACCAGCCAGCCCCAGAAAUGACGUUACCUGUCUCGUAUAAAGAUCUUGUUCAGAUUUUAUUUCCAAGGCCCCCGCAAGGCAGUAAUGGAUCUUCAGAAGAUCCAAGCUCUUUGAUGCAACUGAUAAAAUCAGUUGACCUAACCAACGAUGACAUCCUUGUUCAGCCACAGCUGCCAGGCCUCAAUAAGCAUCCAGAUGAUAUAAGCACAAGAGAAAAAGUGGCGGUCGAUGUCCUAACACACCAUUCUUACAGUCUGCUUGCUAACAGACUGGCCAUGCCUUCUUUAGAGUCCCUAGCAUUGCAUAGUGUCAUUCUCAAUAAUCAUAGUUUACAAACAUUUUCUGCUAAAGCCCCUGUUCAAGGCCAACCCGAAACCCAGUGGUAUUGUUCCUCUGGUGGGAAUUCUAAAAACAAUGGUCAGUCAAAGAAUGGGCCAACACCUGCACAGUUGCAUGAUGCAAAAUCUAAAGUUGAAGAACUUGUUUUCAAGCUCUUUAAAGGCCACCAUAAUUAUGAGCUCUUGCACAAAAAUGUUGUGAUGGAGAAUAAUCUAUUUGGUGAUAACAAACCAUCUAUUGGCAUCAAUGCUUACAAAAUUGAACUUUCGAAGCUUCGACUGCGAACAGUUGCUCAGUAUUCUAGUACUUCUAUGGAAAUCUUGAGUGUCACAACGCAGGAAAAUAAUGGAGUGAUUAGGAUACAUUGGCGUUUAAAGGGUCUUUCUCAUAUACAGUAUUUAAAGUUUUGGCAAAAGUCAGUUCCUAAAGAGGACUGGGAGUGGUUUGAGGCAUUUUCUUACUUUCACAUCGGCAAAGAUGGAUUGGUUCAUAAACACAAAAUAGAUAGGAUGAUGCCUGACCAUGAAUUAGAACCAGACAAAUUGACAGAGAAAUUAAGGGGCCUGCUAAACCCAGCUAAACCAUUAGUCAGUUAAGACAGUCCAGCUCUUAUGUAGAAAACCAGCUUUUUCUUUGGUGUGUGUGAAUAAACUAGACAUGAUUUAAAAGGUACACUGUAGAUAUUAAUAUCUAGACUUCUGUGUUUGUUGCAUUGUUAGAAUGAUACCUUCUGUAAAUAUUUUGCUCUGUGAUUGUUAUUGAUAAAACAAAUUAAUGAAAUUAUGUUAGAAAUGUGUUAAAAAGGGUAUUUAAUUCUUUGUACAGUAAUUGUACCUAAACUUAUCUAAAAUUACAAGUUGUUGAGUUUUGUUUUAUAUAUCCAAGAUGUAAAAAUAGAAUGCAAAAAACUUGUUGAAUUUGUACUUCCUAAGUUAUUUGUAAUCAGAUUUUUUCUCUCUCUCUCUCCUCCCUCCCCCUCCCUCUCAAAAUCAGUUGCAUUAUUUCUAAGAUGCAUUGAUUAAUGGUCUGGUUGUUUGUACAGUUUCAGCAGUUAAAAAUUCUAAUGCACAUAAUUGUAGAGAAAAUGUGAUUUUCUGAAAAGCUCAACUUGAGAUGAAAUAUCCUGUUCUUAUCAAUUGGGGGUCAUCCAUAAAUGAUGUCACGCUUUUUUUGACGAUUUUUACC